CGUCCACUCCGUCGCUGUCAUCGUCGGAGGACUCCGCUGGGGGAGGUGGAGGGAGGGCGUUUAGUGUGAUUGAUGAGUUCAGUUUCUGGAGGAAGAAGCCGGAUUUGGCUGAGGCUGUGGCGGCGAUCAUGGCGCUUGCGGCGGUGAUUCGGUCGAGUGAGGCGACGACGAUGAUGGAGCUCGAGAUCGAGCUGAAGAAGGCGUCUAAUGCGCUAAAGGAUGAUCCAUACGGGCAUUAUGCCUGAUUACGAAUCGUACAAUUUGGUUAUUGGUCUUUUAAUAUGAAGAAACCAAAUUGAUUUAGCUUUGAAGAUUUUGAAUUUAAUGCUUAAAUCUGGCCACAUGCUUUCAUCAAGCACAUUCAUGGAUUGUGUGUGGCGCUGCUUGUCUGCUGGGAGUCUGGACACUUUAUCAAGCAUCAUACAGAAAUGCAAGACAAGUGACCUGAACAAGGCCUUGAGUCCAAACUGGAACAUGUGUAAGUGUAACACUAAUGCUGAUGUUGCAUUGCAAGCUGAUAAUAGCAAAUUGGCUUACUAUGCUUUGGAAUUUCUUUAUCGAUGGUUUCUCAACCUUGGACCCGGCUGCUGUUUCCGACUUGAGAAAGGCACAUAAAUUUUCUCCAGAAGAUGAGACUAUAGCAGAAGUUUUCAGGUAUGGAAUCCCUUUUGUGGGUGGGAUACUUUUAUGUACUAUAAAUGCACAAUUUUUGUGAUAUCAGUAUGUGUGAUUCUUGUGUAAUGAUUUAAAGUGUGAAUACUUUUAUGUAUUUGUAUGUUCAACUAAUCCUACAAUUAAUUAGUAUAUGAGUAAGCAAAAUUUUUGAGCUUUUGCCUCACUUUUACACUACACGUACAAAUACCAAGAAGGAUUUCCCUUAAAUCAUGAGAUUACAAAUAUUAAGUUCUUUAUAUAUUAAUACAGUUCCCAUGGUUCAUGAACUUUACUUGGUUAAUUGUUUAAUUUGAUAGUUUGACUUAGCAAUCUCAUUAA